GUGAACCGAACGAGGUUAAGUCUAAGUACGCGCACUCUUGAAGUCUUGAUACAAGUCCACCCAACCCAAGGGUCCCAACUCCCCGGUCCCAACCCAACUCAUAGUGACUGCCGAGACAGCUGAGUGCUGAUGAAAGAGCUCCACAAAUGUACAAGAUGGUAAUAACUCGGAAAAAACCCGAACUUUAACCCGGUUCUCCACCCCCUCUCAUUCUCCAAUCACAUUGCACCACAUGUCAACCCCACCCAGUUCGUAUUCUUUAAGUCCGGCACCGCCGUCUUGUGGGUGCCAAUCUUAGGGUUUGCUCUGGAUUUCUUCAUUGCCUAACCGUAAAGCAUUAGGAUGGAGAGUUUUGGCGGCUUGGGAUUCAGUGAUAUAAGCAGUGCCGCAAGGAGGAAAAGGAGCAAUACGUCUCGUCGUCCUCGGAAUGAGGCACAGCUUCUGGAUUAUCGUGACAUCUCUUCUCUCUCGUCAACGCCUCCUUCAGACGAUAAUGUUACUAAAACUGAGGGAGGAGGGUAUGUAGAAUCUGAUGAAGCUUCGAAUAAUGGUUCUUUUCGAGGCAGUAAUGAGCAUAGGCAUACUGGGAUUGAUUCCAAAAGGUCCAGCAAGGGUGGCCUUGGCUCUGCUAAUAGGAGAGGCCCAAGUAAGGAUGGGUCAUUCGGUAUUGGUUCAGAUGUUUUGGAGAAUAAGAGUACUGUGAAAAAGGUUAAGCUUAAGGUUGGUGGUGUUACACGCACAAUUCAGGCCAAGUCUACAUCUGAUGGUGCAUCUAAUGUUGGGUUGACUUCUUCAAAAUCUUCUCAUAUUUCUGAUGCCCCUCGACCACGGAAGAGGUCGAUUAUUCAGGAAAAUUCAGAUGAAAAUGGCUCCUUUGGUUCAGAUAAGGGAAGUGGGUUACGAGGGGUUGCAUCUAAGGAUCCAUCUAAAGGUGUCUUUGAUGUUGGGAAGGAUAAUACUUCAAGGGGUAGGAUACCUGAAGAACCUAUUCGCAAAAGCAAACGGGUUCCUAAGAGACGUUUGCUGGAUGGAACAGUUGAUGUUGGAGAUGAUGACGAUGAUGUGGAAGUUCGAUACCUUGAAAAACUCAAAAAAUCUAAGAAUACCCCAGAUUACAGUUUGGACUACCAAGAGGAUGAGGAAAGAGCAGUCAGGAAAGAAAAGAGAAUUUCAAAGGUGUUGAAUGGAAGUGGUGCUGGCCAGUACGGUGUAGAUUUGGUAGAUGGCAUUUCAAAGUCAGACAAGGAGGGUAAGAAGUCAAGAUCAGGAAGAGUAGUUGAUGACACUGAUUAUGUAGAAGAAGAAGAAGAUGAACCUGUUUCUGAUGGCGAGCCAGAACUCAAGAUCAGGAAAAACUCGAGAAAGGAGUUUGCUGACUCUUCCUCAGAUAAUAAGGAGAUGACAGUCACUACUCGUCGAAGGGCCCUUCAAACUAACAAAGAUGUAUCUUCCAGCAUAGGUCCAAGUACAAUUGAGUUUCCCAACGGGUUGCCCCCUGCACCACCAAGAAAGCAAAAAGAGGAACUCUGUGCGGUGGAACAGCAACUGAAGAAAGCUGAGGCUGCUCAGAGACGAAAGAUGCAAGUGGAGAAGGCAGCCAGAGAAUCGGAGGCUGAGGCAAUCAGAAAAAUUUUGGGUCAAGAUUCCAGUCGGAAGAAGAAGGAAGACAAGAUAAAGAAACGGCAAGAAGAUAUGGCACAGGAGAGAGCUGCAAAUGCUAUGCUUCCAUCAGAUUCUGUUCGAUGGGUGAUGGGUCCAUCAGGAUCAAUUGUUACUUUUCCUGAUACAGUUGGCUUACCAACCAUAUUUGAUUCCAAGCCUUGCAGUUACCCUCCUCCCCGUGAGAAGUGUGCCGGACCAUAUUGUACAAACCCAUACAAGUACAGGGAUUCCCAAUCAAAGCUCCCUCUGUGCAGUCUCCAGUGUUACAAGGCAGUUCAUGAAAAGAUGCCUUCUCUAUCCGCAUGUUAAUUUAAAUUCAGUGAAAUCAAUUUUGCUGCCAAUCUCUUCUGUGGAUAAUCCUGCACGUCAUUCGUACUUGAUUUAAUAGAUGUAGAUCUUUCAAAUAUCCGUAUAUUUAUAUAUACAAUCUAAUGCCAUAGAGAUUGAAGUGAUUCUAGCAUUGUUAGUUACACAGAUAUGAACAAUGAAUAAAAACCAGGAUUUCACACAACAG